AUGUCAACCUCUUCCACCUCACCCUCGUGCCAUCUUGACUCUCGCUUCUUCCUCUCACCUUCACCCGUCUCUGUUUCUGCUUCCUCUGUGGCCACCCCCCUUCUUUUAUCCCCUCCCUCUCCCCCACCCCCCCCCAACCCCUCUUCCCCCCUCUCCCUCCCCCCCCACACUGCCGACAUCUCCCUCCGCUUCUCACCCCUAUUUCCUCUCGCCUUUAUUUCGUUGUCACCCCUCCCCCUCCCUGGUUCUCUUGACUGGGCGCACGAGGCCGGGCAGCAAGCGGCGGGACUUCCGGUUCAUUGUCAAGCAAGGGCUCACUGGGUGGUGAGUGCGGCGCAGUGCAGGGGAGGUGGUGGGGUGGUGAGUGCGGUGCAGGGGAGGUGGUGCAGUGAUGAGUGCGGUGCAGGGGAGGUGGUGGGGUGGUUGAGUUCAUUGUCAAGCAGGGGCUUACAGGGUUGUGAGUCCACGGAAGGGGAAGGUGGGAUUGAUGAGUGCAGGGGAGGGGAAGGUGGUAGGGUGGUGAGUGCAGGGGAGGGAAAGGUGGUAGGGUGCACGGUGCCAUUCAAGAGUGCGCCGGGCAGCUACACUGCCAAGUUCGGCACGCUCUGUGUGCAGCCCAUCCCGUUCCUCCUGCACACUGUCUCGCCGCCCGCGCUGCAACCCGAUAAGCUCUGGUACUUCAAUUCCUCCAUCAGAGACAUUCCCAAGGUGGGGUAUCAAGCACUCAGUACGAAUAGCAGCCACGCAGUGCAGCUGCCGUCCGCACGCACGCUCGCCACCCGCGCACAGCAGCGUCAACACGCGCAACAGCAGCCGCACGCGUUGCAGCAGCCGCACGCGCUGCAGCAGCCGCGAGCACGCACGUCACUGCACGCGUGCGAGCAGCAGCCUCCCGCACACGGGACAGCCAUUGCACGCACGGCUUCAGCAGCAGCUGCACACUCCUCUGCGGCCACUCGCACGCACGCCCUGCAGCAGCCGCAGCCACGCGCGUGCAGCGGCAGCAAGCGCAGCACCUGCCUCCGCAUCUGCAGCGAGCGCAGCAGCUGCAGCCCGUGCUCCAGAAUCCGUUUCUAA